AUGAACGAAACGAGGGAAGAAAAUUACAAAAGCGGGUCGAAGGCAAAAUACCCGCAGUCACUGAUGAUGGAUAUGUCAAGGUCGUACAUGAACAGGCAAGACAGAAUCAACGCACUGAAUUUGUAUAUCCAAAAGUCAUCGUACAACCCUCAGUUUUUGCAAGAUGAUGAGGAAGAGGAAGAUGAAAGUGAGAGUGAAACAUUGGGAGAUAUAAUCCUGAGAAUUUUGUCGAUAAUCUAUCCGGACCUGUCCCCAGGAUUAUGGUUUAUAAUUCACUUUAUCAUGAAUUUGAUUGUUCUUUGUGUAAGUUUGAGUUCCUUAUCGGAGCCCAAUUUACACGAUCCGAUAGCCGAACCGAAAUAUAAUAGGACAUUCAUCUAUGGGAGCAUUUACUGUUCCUUCCUCAUCCUGGGUGUGAACAUAGCUUCUUUUACACUCAUCAUGGUGAUUCAUGCGAUCAUUCAGAAGGUGUUUUUGGAAAAGCUUCUCCAGCCAAGUGCCCUAUGUGCAGCUUUUUACAACACAGUGGAUCCGGAACUGGUGUACCUCUUAUGGUCAUCUGUUCAGAUUAUUUACUGGAGGAGUAACAUGAUUUUAAAAAAGGGAGUUCAAGAAAAUGAGAACUAUUUUGUUCUUCGUAUUUUUGGAUACAAGGAUCAGGACAACCCCUUUAUAUUUUUGAGUAGCAUAAACUGGUUAAUAACCUUCCCUACAUUAUUGUACAUUGUAUUUGCAGCCAGGUUGCUUUUCCUUUCCAUUAUAUCUUUUGUAUUCGAGUUGGGCUUUCUGAUGAAUGCCCAUGAUUUAUUAGGGAAAUAUUUGUCGAAAUAUGGUAUUCUCCGAAAAUUUAAUAUUGAAUGGUUUAUGUUCAUGGCAGACAAGCAAGAAAAUAUCAGGUCCCUGUUUGGCUACGAACUAUACCAGGAUGAGAAGAUGAUCAGGCAAUUAGAAACCAAUGACAUUAGUAAGAAGUUUGUUCAAGAUAAAGCUGAGUUGUUACUUUUUAAAAAUUUGCCUCGUAACUGCACAUGCUGUAAAAUUGCUCUAAAUAGGAAUAAAAAAAAAAAUGCCAUGAAGCUUUUGGUCCCUCCAAUUUUUGAGACAAAAAAUAUUGUUAAGACAGAAAACUCGACAAUCAAAAAUUGGCUAGCUUGUCAUUAUGUUGUAAAUACACCUCCUUUGAUUUUUCUUCUAAACAAUAGCAUUCCACUCAUUAAUAAAAAUUCAGUUAAAAUUGCUGGAGAUAUACUUUUUAGACAAAUCAUUAUGUCCUUGAAAAUGUAUUACCAAGAGAAGAAUGACACUUAUGCCUUCACCGGCUCCGCCAUGCAUAAUAUGUCUUCUGAUGAGUUCUCCCCUAAUAGGAAUAUCAUGACUUUGAAUUUGAACAGGGAUUCUAAUUUGACUCCCCUACAGGGUCCCUUCCCUUUUAGCCCUAAAAAUCUUGUGAACAAUUCCGAUUCGGAAUCCAGAGCGAAGAAGAAAAUAAACUUGGAAAACAUUUUCAACGAUAUCGAUUUGGACGCCAUCCGUUUGGAGGCUGCGCAGGAGGAAGCGGCAAAGAGAGCGGUUGUAGCAGGACGGAAGGCGACUGCUGUACCAGGGAUUAGCGAGCCAGAACCCUUGGGCAAGACAAAAAGUCGGGCCAAGCAGAAACCCAAGGCAAAGCGCGGAUCCAGGAAUGGAAGCAGCGUGGCUCAAAGGAGAAGGGGUAAAUCAGGAAAUUUGGAACGCGCGGAGGAGGUGAAUAGAGGCGGCUCAUCACCAGGGAGAACUGAUCUGGGUGGGCAACCUGGUGAUCGAGGUUCCCGUGGGUUGACUAGCGGGGGUUCUAGCCAAAAGGCGGAGAAAAGGACAUCCUCCGCGGUGAGCGGCACGAUUGAAAUGAAUAGGGAAAGGAAGGAGAAGCAUCGAGGGGAGACCUUGGAUGGUGUUGUAACUUCGGGUGCUUCUUCCCGUGUGCAACAAAUUAGAAGUCUCAAAGUUACCGACGGGGGGAUGCAAGUGCAUGAUCCAUCGGAUGAUCAGCUAGAUGAUGAACGGGGUGGAAAUGUCUCGGCCCUGAGGAAGGAAACCGUGCGGGCGAAUUUAGAGAGAGAAGCACGAAAUAGUGGUACGGGGGAGGGAGGGGCGAUUCUCCCGUCCUCCGCGAUUAGGCGAAGGGACGAGAUAGAUGAGAAACCAAGCCUCGACAGGAAAGGAACAUCCAUUUUGGAAGGCACAAAGUUCAAUAUUUGCAUAACGCCGUCCCUGUCCAUCAUUCAAGAAAGGGCGGGCGAGAAGAAAGACCCCGCUGGAUGCGCAAAUGAUGGAGCCAAUACUAUGUAUGAAGAUUUGAAGGGCGCAGAGGAGGGGACAUUUUACCCACCGCUCGAAAAUUACAAUAGCAUGCAGGUGCAAAUAAAGGAUAUCACAAUCGAGGAUGUCUUGCAGAAGAAGUACACCAUGGAUUCGAUGCAUAAGUGCGAAAUGGGGAGAGGAACCUCCGAAAAGGGGGCACUCGUCACAACGGAAGAGGUAGAUGAUGCAGAUGAGGAAGGUGCCCCGCGCGACAUCGAGCUGGAGAACGCGACGCAGAGGCUGAACCGUGAGUACACCGUGGGUGCUCCAGUACAAAAUGCACCAGCGAAGCGAAACACCACACUGAACAUUUCUAGUGAUGAAAGCAAUAAAGAUUCGUACACUAGAGAUGUGAACUCAUCGUAUCACCUAUUCGGAGAUAGAAAAAAAAAAACAAACAACAAAAUAAAGGAGUCUAUCAAAUUAAGUAGGAAAAUGAAAAAUAACGGAUCUACAAACAAGAACACGCAGAAUUAUCAUUCGCAUCUCAUGAACGAAGAAGUGAAUGUUCUAGAGAGGAGCGAUGCAAUCAACGUAAAAAUAUUGAAAGAAAAUAAGAAAACAAAACUUUUCCCAUGUCUAUGUUUUAAGAAGAAUAAGAAAGGACGAUUUAGCAGAAUAAAGAAAGACAUUUCUCUGGAAAUUGAUGAUCCCUUCGUUAUGAAUGUGAGAAGUCCAAUGCAAAUGAGCAUAAAUGGAAACGAAUUUAUAACAAAAGAAAUGAUUGAAGUUUUUCUGAAACCAGAAGAAGCGGAAGAAUUCAUGAAGGAAUUUGAUUUGUCUGGACAUGGAAAGAUUGACAUGCUCAUGUUUAGAAAUGCAAUAAAAAGAGCUAUAUCUUGUAGAAAAAAAUUUAUAAAAAGUUUGAAGGGACAAGAAAGUAUUCUUAAAUUGGUUCGUCGACUAAUGUCUAUUCUUCUUUCCUUCUUAGCAUCAGUCGUUCUUUUAUUUAUUUUUGGAGUCUCUGUCGACACUAUCAUUGUAACAGGGGCUGCGUUCAUAACUGCCGUGACGGUAAUUCUGAGCUAUAUGUACACAAGCUUUAUCACCUCCGUUAUUUUUAUCGCCUUCUCUAAUCCGUACAAUAUAGGGGAUCGUAUAAGGCUCGAUGGGGGAGAAGCCAUGUACAUUAAAAAAAUCAAAACAUAUACCACCGAAUUCGAAACCACCACUGGAAAAAUUGUUAUUUACGAAAAUUCAAAGCUAAGUAAUGCCAAGAUAUAUAAUGAAAGCAGGUCUAAAAAUGCUUAUAUAGACAUAUCCUUCAAGGUCGACAUUAACACCCCUCUGCUUGCACUUAAGGAACUGAGGAAGAGCUUACAGUUUUUGGUGGACAGUAGACCUAGCGACUUUUGCAAAACAAAGAAUUUAUAUUUUGGCUACUCCCUGCAGCCGGGUCAUUUCUACGAAAUCAGCUUCUGGAUCAAGUGCGUGGAGGGGUGGGGGAAUUGGAGGAAAGUAUUUGAGCUACGGACCGACAUUUACGAUUUUAUAAUUUUGCAACUGAGGCUUCUGAGUAUAUCUUACAGACUGCCUACACAGAAGGUUGGUUUCACUGCUCCACUCAAUAUUAUGGACACAAGUAAUUUAAAGGGGAACAGGAACAAGCCGUACGACUAUUCCAGCCCUCCCAAGGAGAUCAGAAAUCCUCUCUUCAUGCAGUCUGCGAAGCAUAAGAGGGAGUUCGACUUGUCAUCCUAUGAAUUACAAAACGGUGAUGUGCAAUGUGGGGACAGGCAAAGUGGUGAACACCUGUACGAAGAGCUCCCCUCCCGCCCGCAAAUCAGCUUACCUAUAUAUGGGUCAAACCUCAGGAGUGCACUGGAUGACGAUACUCCUUCUCAUUUCUGCCGCACCAAUGGAGUGGACCGUCACCUAUUACACAGGAGGCAAAGUGGUAACACCGAGCAUCAUGGAGCGGGGUGGGCUCAGGAUAAGACAACAUAUCAAGAGCGGACAUGCACUGUCGCCACUGGGUUGUUUCUCCCAAAGGGAAGAUCCCCUCUUGCGAACAAUUUUCCUUAUGAAGAGAGUUACACAUAUGGAGGGGUAGCCCCUACCAAAGGAACAAACAUCGGAGUGGGUAUACCACCUGUACCGUUUUGGAAUAAUUUCAAAACUGGUCAUCCCGUCAUCCCAAUGAAGAAUCCGUCGAACAUGUGGGACGACAGUGAGGACAAAAGUUCAAAACAAUGGCCUCAUGAAGGAAGGCAUGACUGGAAAACAGCUCCAUGUGAUGAUUUAGACGGAGUGAAUACCCAGUGCGGAACUACCUUCCUGUAUGGGGAGUACAAUAAUGAACAGCCCCAAUAUAUGCUUCAUGAGAACAGUAUUUUUCAUACCUCAGAGCCAUCACAAAGAAUGGAAUAUGAUGAGGGAGAAGAGUACUCUUAUGAUAGUUCCUCUGGUUAUGACAGCUUCGAAUACGUAAAGCAUUUUACAAAUCUCCACGAUGGAGUUCGGAGGGGUGCAUCCGUCAAGGAUCGCAGAAGCUUUGGGCUUAAAAGGGACUACAGUAAGAAAGAUAAGUAA